AUGGCGUCUCAGGAGUCGGAAGGUCUACUCGAAGACUUUCGGGAAGCCCUUGAAGGCCUCCAGAUGAAUAGUCGCUAUGAAAUCCAGAACUUGACUCAGAUUGCCCGAGAGAGCACAGAGGAUGCACUUGCCAUUUCGCAGGCAUUGCAGGAUCAUAUCAAACAGGCCGCACCGCACAAGAAGCUACCGGCAUUGUACGUGCUGGAUUCCAUCUCCAAAAAUGUCGGCACGCCCUACACGCUCUUCUUCGCCAAGCGUCUCUACACCACCUUUUGGGAAGCAUAUGCCGUUGCCGACGGUCCUACCCGUAGAAAGAUGCACGAGAUGUUCAAGACUUGGAAGGAACCGAUUCCUGGGUCCAUUGACCGGCGACCUGUGUUUGCUCCGGAAGUCACGCAGCCCAUCGAAGCUGCCCUGAUCAAGGCAACGGCGUCGGGCAACGAGCAGGUACGAAGAAUGCAGCAAGGCCGACCUGUUCCUCAACCAGGCAUCCCAUAUAGAGAGACGUCGACACCUCCUGGAGUACGACCGCCAUCUCAAGUGAACGGAUAUCCCAGCAACACAACUCCCGUCUCAAACAUGAACGGUCACCCUUACGGCCUGCCGGCGCAACAGCCGCUGACUCAGCACCCCUUUCAGUCACACUCGGCUCACUCUACACCACAGCCCCCCAGCAUGCCCGCCUUCCAGCCACCGGCAUAUGGAGGUUAUGGUGCACCGUCUCAACCCAUCAUCAGUGUAGAUGCCUUGAAAGAUGACAUUCAAAAUCUCAUAAACGCCUUCAGGGCAGAGUAUGCACGAAACCCUGGAGACGCUAGUAUACAGACGAAGCUGAAGGCACUCUUGGAUUUGCAAGGCAUCCUGCAGGCUCAUAAUCUGCCGCAGGAACAAUUAGUGGCUAUUAAAAAUCAAAUAACUGGCCUCGCCGUGACUAUAAGGGCUACACCAGCCCAAACUCCUACUCCCGUACCUGUACCCCCUCCUGUAGCAGUAGCCCCCCCUCCUGCAGCGACGCCAACAUUGUCGUUAGAUUCUCUGCUUGGGCAAGGCGCUCUGGCUGCGCUGCUUGCGCGCAACUCUGCUACUCCUCAAGUCUCUACACCUCAACCACCGCCUGCUGCGGUUGCCAUCAGAUCGCCCCCUCCCCAGCGGGUUGAACCACAGCCGCCAGCUGCUUCCACGACUCCAGAUCCCAUGGCUCUAAUGAAUAUGCUGCGGAAAGCCGGCAUGCUGCCCCCGCCGCCCUCUUCAUCCGGAUCUACACCCGUCCCAAACAUCCCCCAGGGUCUACAGCUACCAUUCCCACCACCUAUUCCUACGGGACCACCUUCCAUUGACAACUUGACCCGGGAUAUCUCCCUUCAGACCUCAUCGCUAAAGCAAUUCCGGCCUCACCUCAUUCCUCUCAUGUUUGAGGCUCUUGGUCCUCAAUGUACUCACUGUGGACGACGCUUCACCCCGGAUGAAGAAGGCAAGAAGAAGAAGACAGCACACAUGGACUGGCAUUUCAAGGUCAACCAACGCAUUGCUGAGGCAGAAAAGAGCGGCCAACAUAGAAGUUGGUUUGUCGAUGAAGAGGACUGGAUCAACAGCCGCGAGACGGUUGAUGAAGACCGUGCCACAAAUCCUAGCGCUACAAGUGGUCAAGGCUCGGCCUCCAAGGCGCCGAGACUUCAGUAUAUUCCUGUUCCCAGUGACCCCGUCUUGAAGAAUAGUGUUUGCCCGAUUUGCCAGGAAAACUUCAAGCAGAUCUACCUGGACGAUGCUGGCGACUGGGUCUGGGAGGAUGCGACUCAAGUUGAUGGCCGAAUAUAUCACGCCAGCUGCCAUCAAGAAGUUUCCGGUGGUCUAGUGCAAGUCGCUUACAGGAGUACACCUGAGCCAGUCUUGGGGAAGAGGAAGGCUGAAGCAGUCACUCAUUUGCAUGAGGAACUUUUCGGCUUCCUCGUCGGCGUUGGCGGACAGCAUUGCACUUUUCUUGCCCGAACAUGGAUUUGGGAGGUUUGGCACUGA